GCAUUAUAAGUUGUCCUCCUUCCCCUUAGCUAUUUUGUGACUUGUAGAUCAUGGUCUAAUUAUUCAGCGUUAAAGGGGCACUAAUUCUGCAGGGCGUGCGACCAUAUUUAUAGUACGUUUUAUUCGUUCGCAUUCCAUCUGGGUGGUGUGGUGCGAUCAUAAAUAACAGGACUGUAACCUCCGAGGCUCGGGAAAGGAUUUUCCUAGGGCCACGGCAUUUUUGCUCGUUGUCACUCAGCCGUGCGUGGAGGUGGGGAAAUACCGCGUCUCACCCCGUGUGUUCUGUGCCAGCUCUCGCGUUGGUUCGAGGGCGCCCGGGCCCUGGCUCCGUGGAAAGAACUGACUUGUGAGCGCGAUGCCGAGAGAUUUAUGGCAGCGUGGCUCGGAGCGUGUCUGCUGCCGCAGUCAGCUGCGAGAGCUCCCUGCUGGGGCCACUCCUGUCUGAUGGAAAAAAGCAGCAGCUGGAAGGUGCUGUUUCAGGCUCUUGUGCUGCUUUAAAAAAAAUGAGAGCGAGAGGGGGGAAAACUCCACUAAGUCCACAAGCUGGCAUUGGAGGGGGGGACGGCGGUCAUGUGGUCCUGGCCGCCCUACCCCCUGUCACAGUGCGGAUGAGAGCUUUUUGCUCUUAUCCAAUCAUGCCUGGAAUGCCGCUUGCCACUUGGGUUAUUUCUGCUAUCUGUCGCUGUCGGUGCCGCAGUGCUAAAGGUUUGGCAGAUGGGACGCUUUUCCUUGGAGUCUGUGUCUCCGGCUUUUGACUUCUGGCAGUGCCGGGCCGGCUGCUGCCGCUCGCCCUCUCCCUCCCUGCCCCCCUGGGCACCAUGGCCCAUCGGCUUCGGUUUCAUUUUGGCUCCGGUCGCAGCAACACGGCCCCCGAGUCGGAGAUCCUCGACCAGGAGCGAGAAGACGACUUUUUCAUGGCAUUCCACACCCUGCCGCGGCGGGGUGGCCCUCACCUCUUCGCCCAGCGCGCGGUGGAGGACGGCGGUGGCCUGCCGGAGGCGGUGGGCGCCCUCAAGCGCAGCUCGUCCAUGUUCAUCCCGCAGCUUCUGAGCCCCGUGGACGUGCGGCCCACCCGGAGCUCGUCGGUGCAGAUCUCGCUGCAGCGCAAAGCCGCUGAUGGCGCCCCGGAUGCAUGCGGGCCACCCGAGGCCCUGGACGGGGAUAAGGGGUCAGUGUCUCUGGGCCACUGCCCAGAGCCCCCCGAGCCCCAGACCCCCGAGAGCUCACCUCCCAGGGCCACUAGGAGUGCAGGCCCCCUAGUCAAUGGCACUUGUGGCCGCCGAAUACGGGGCCCCGUCACUGCUGAUGGCCGAGAAGAGGCUGAGCCUUUGGCCACCCAGGGACCUGAAGGUGGCGGGCUUCGGAUCCAGCACCGAGCCUCCAGCGCCGACGUGCGCCAGGUGAGGCUGAUGCCCUUCGGGGCCGACGGCCUGGGCAGCCCCUCGGCUCCCGAGCCCAGGCGCUGGUCCCUGCAGCACGUUCCAGAUGCUUCUGGGAGUUCUGGGAAGAGGUGCUUUGUGUUCCAGCUGCAGCAGCCACCACCAGGCAUGUCAGGUUUGGGCGGCGAUUUCAACUUUGGGUUCACGGGCACGAAGGGGGACAGGUUGGUGCGGUACCCCCGUAUCCGGCUGGAAAGGAGCACCUCGUACCCCACACAGCCCCGAGCAGAGCGCAGCAGCCCCACGGAGGAGCAGGGCCACCAGGGCCACCCAGAGACUCCACCUCGGGGCCGCAGGGUGGCCCCUGAAAUCCGCAGGACGAACUCGAUGGAAAGGACCCCGCAGGGUCAGGGCUGCACGUUUAAGAUCAGGCAGGAUCAAAACGCGGGUCAGCAGCAUUUCAGAAUCCUGGUGACUCGGGGGCCAGAGGAAGCUCUCCCGACGCCCCAGGAGAGUAACCCCACCAGCCCUGCUUCCCCCGUGGCGGGGGCCCCGACACGAGACGACUUCCUGGGACAGGUGGACGUGCCCCUUAACCAUCUCCCGACAGAAGACCCAACCAUGGAGCGACCCUACACGUUUAAGGACUUUCUCCUCAGACCGAGAAGUCAUAAAUCUCGAGUUAAGGGAUUCUUGCGGUUGAAAAUGGCCUAUAUGCCGAAAAACGGAGGUCAAGAUGAAGAGAAUGGAGAGCAGCGGGGUGAUGCAGAGCACGGGUGGGAAGUCGUGGACUCGAAUGACUCAGCUUCCCAGCACCAGGAGGAGCUUCCUCCGCCUCCUCUGCCCCCAGGCUGGGAAGAAAAAGUGGACAACUUGGGUCGGACCUACUAUGUCAACCACAACAACCGGACCACGCAGUGGCACCGACCGAGCUUAAUGGACGCGUCCCCCGAGGCGGACAGCAACAUCCGGCAGAUCAACCAGGAGGCUGCUCACCGGCGCUUCCGCUCCCGCAGGCACAUCAGCGAGGACUUGGAGCCCGAGCAGUCGGAGGGCGGAGACAAUGAGCCUUGGGAGACCAUUUCGGAAGAAAUGACUAUCGCCGGAGACUCCCUCGGUCUGGCGCUGCCCCCACCCCCCUCCUCCCCAGGCUCUCGGACCAGCCCUCAGGAGCUGUCCGAGGAACUGAGCAGGAGACUUCAGAUCACUCCAGACUCCAAUGGGGAGCAGUUUGGUUCUUUGAUUCAGAGGGAGCCCUCCUCGAGGCUGAGGUCAUGCAGCGUCACCGAGGUGGUCGCAGAGCAGGCUCAUCUACCACCGCCAAGUGCCCCAGCUAGGAGACCACGAGCGUCAACUGUCACAGGUGGUGAAGAGUCAACGCCAUCAGUGGCCUAUGUACAUACCACGCCGGGCCUGCCUUCAGGCUGGGAGGAGAGGAAAGAUGCUAAGGGACGCACAUACUAUGUCAAUCAUAACAAUCGAACCACAACCUGGACGCGGCCCAUCAUGCAGCUCGCAGAAGAUGGCGCCUCUGGAUCCACCAACAGUAACAACCACCUAAUCGAGCCUCAGAUCCGCCGGCCUCGUAGCCUCAGUUCGCCAACAGUAACUUUAUCUGCCCCGCUGGAGGAAGAUCCACGCCUGAAAUUUCCAGUACACAUGCGAUCAAAGGCACCUUUAAACCCCAAUGACCUUGGCCCUCUUCCUCCUGGUUGGGAAGAAAGAAUCCACGUGGAUGGCCGAACGUUUUAUAUUGACCACAAUAGCAAAAUAACUCAGUGGGAAGACCCAAGAUUACAGAACCCAGCUAUUACCGGCCCGGCGGUUCCUUACUCCAGAGAAUUUAAGCAGAAAUAUGACUACUUUAGGAAGAAAUUAAAGAAACCUGCUGAUAUUCCAAAUAGGUUUGAAAUGAAACUCCACAGAAAUAACAUUUUUGAAGAGUCCUAUCGGAGAAUCAUGUCUGUGAAAAGGCCAGAUGUCCUAAAAGCUAGACUGUGGAUUGAGUUUGAAUCGGAGAAAGGCCUGGACUAUGGGGGCGUGGCCAGAGAAUGGUUUUUCUUACUGUCCAAAGAAAUGUUCAACCCCUACUAUGGUCUCUUCGAGUACUCUGCCACGGACAACUACACCCUGCAGAUCAACCCCAAUUCGGGCCUGUGUAACGAAGACCAUCUGUCCUACUUCACUUUUAUUGGAAGAGUUGCUGGUCUGGCGGUGUUUCAUGGGAAACUUUUAGACGGAUUCUUCAUUAGACCCUUUUACAAAAUGAUGCUGGGAAAGCAGAUAACCCUGAAUGACAUGGAAUCUGUGGAUAGUGAGUAUUACAACUCCUUGAAAUGGAUCCUAGAAAACGAUCCCACUGAACUGGACCUCAUGUUCUGUAUCGAUGAAGAAAACUUCGGACAGACGUAUCAAGUGGAUCUGAAGCCCAAUGGGUCCGAAAUCAUGGUCACUAAUGAAAACAAACGGGAGUAUAUCGACUUAGUCAUCCAGUGGAGGUUUGUGAACAGGGUCCAGAAGCAAAUGAACGCCUUCUUGGAGGGGUUCACAGAACUGCUUCCUAUUGAUUUGAUUAAAAUUUUUGAUGAAAAUGAGCUGGAGUUGCUAAUGUGUGGCCUCGGCGACGUGGACGUGAAUGACUGGAGACAACACACCAUCUACAAGAACGGCUACUGCCCAAACCAUCCUGUCAUUCAGUGGUUCUGGAAGGCUGUGCUGCUGAUGGACGCCGAGAAGCGCAUCCGGUUACUGCAGUUUGUCACGGGGACGUCCCGGGUGCCGAUGAAUGGAUUUGCUGAACUGUAUGGUUCCAACGGUCCUCAGCUGUUUACAAUAGAGCAAUGGGGGAGCCCCGACAAACUGCCCAGAGCUCACACAUGCUUUAAUCGCCUUGACUUACCUCCAUAUGAAACCUUCGAAGAUUUACGGGAGAAGCUCCUCAUGGCUGUGGAGAAUGCCCAAGGAUUUGAGGGGGUGGAUUAAGCGCCCCCGCCUCGGGGGGUGGUCCGUCGAGCAGGCCCCACCCGCACGUGUGCAUCCCCCGCUUUGCAGAGACGAUGGCCCAGAGCGUCGCGCCGCGCGGCUCCCGGAGCAGAGCCUUCGCCCGCGACUUGCCCAAGCUCAGACGUGGGAACCCAGGCCCACGUCCCAUUUCUGCAUUUUCCACCGCAAAUUAUCAACUGGUUGACGUGUACACUAAUUACAUUUCAGGACUUAACUCUAUUUAUGUUGUGCCUCUGUAGGGAGAGGCCUUAAUAAACAUUUUACAUACUUUAUAAUGACCACGAACGGAAUCAAUCACUCGGCAGGUAUAGUAUUACAACUCAUGUUUACUUUUUGAAAAUGAUUUAGACCGAUUUUCCGAUUUCAUUUUACUGCAAUUAAAGAUGUGUCCUGUACUUGGAAAAGUGAGCUUUUUUUAAAUUUGAAUUUCAUACCAGGUUUAAUGUCUGUGACAUUUUUAUUUUUGAAGGACUUUGACACCCCUACCCCUCAACUUUAUUAGACUUUGAAGACUGAUUUUUGUCCAAAAGCCUUCUUACAGACUUUGAGAGCAUUUAAAAUAUAACAUUAGGCAUAAUGAUAAUUUUUUUCCACACUCAGAAUGAAAACAAACUGGAUAUUAGGGUAUGGGGGGUUUUCUGUACAAAUUUAGCAUAAUAGCUACAGGCUGGGAGAAUUGUACCAUAGCCUGACAAUUUCAUGUUGACUUGAAGGGGUCGCAUAGCUAUUUACAUGUGCUUACGUGUGCUUACGUGUGCUCCCACGCAUGUGAGACAGAGCUGAACGAUCAUUUCUCACCAGAGAGAUGUCUUAACCCUUCCUGAUGCUGUACAGUCCUUCAUUUAUUAUAUUUUCCUCUUUGCUGUCUGUAGCAGAGACCUUUGUUUGAGUGGAACUCGGCGCUGCUUGAUCUGCAGCUGUGGAAACCGGAUCUGUCUGGUCUCCAGUUCCUACGCGUUCACUGAUGGUAGCUAAGUAACCCACGUAUGUCCUGACCACACCGGUGGCUGAGGCUCUUCAUGUACGACAUGGAGGUCACGCCUGGUUUGGCUUAUGUUUUCUCUUCUCCUGGACAGUAAAGGUGACGAUUAUUUCUCCCCCCUGCACACAUCUUUCUGGGGCAAUAUCUGUGCACAGGGAAUCUGGCUGCAGGUACAUGAAAGCUGGCUGAACGAAAGCUGUGCUAACGGACCUGUGCUCACCGAUCGUUUUGCAGUUUCUGCUCCAAGAUGCAUUUAAGACGCACUUGAUCUGUCCACUUUGUUCCCUGGGACGUGCUGCCUGCUUCCUUCGGCGCCAUGUGCUGCCCAGUCAUGUGUGUUCUGUGCUGGAGGGAAGCGAGUGGGGGGACUGGUCUGAGCCUCUGCACUCAGGCUGUUCCGCUGGGCAGGGGCCGGGCGUGCAGUGCAACCGCACUGCUCAGUUUUUUGCAGAAUCCUGUGUUUUGAGAGAUGGCCUGAGGCAGGGUAGCGGUUCAGCCCUGCUGUCCUUUUUAACCUGUGUUGUCCCAGACCCUGUUUUAGCAGUCAGGGGACACUAGAGAUUUGAUCUCUUGCCAGCUGUGAAAAAGACAAAAAAUGGUGGUUUUAGGGCCUCCAUGGGUUACGGAAGAAGGACCUCUCGGAGGAAGAAAUUCCGUUCUGGGGGCUGGGGAGAAGCUGUGAGUGUUGGUGGCUGUAAACAAGUUAUCUGAGGUCUGAGGCAUGUGAAACAAGGUGGCUCUGCAGAGCCAAGGAUGGGCUCCCUUUCCACAUCAAUUUUGAAGUAUCAAAUAGUGACCAGAAUGUACAGAUUCUGAGUAACUAGGAAAAAAGUGCUGUUCAUCAUUUUUAUCUGUUGGUGGGAAUGUUUUUUUUCUCCUCAGUCAAUAUAACAAAUGUCUCAGUGGCAAAAAAAAAAAAAAAUUCUGCAGCCCCUCCUAGUCCAGAGUCAGCUUUCUUUGUAAAACCCGGGCUAGAGGCUGGGCAAGCAGUCUGUGGCGUGGCGUGGCGUGGCAUGGGUUCCAAGACAGAUCCCGUGAGACUGGAGGGGAGAAAUCCAGCAAUUCUGGUGUAAGGACUGAGGCUCUUCUGUCAUUUUUAAAUAGUGUAUUCCAAAUGAGAAUAUUUGUUAAGUGCAAAACUGGCAAAGUAUUAAAAAUAUGAAAGAAAAAUCAUUCUAAGAUCAUUUCUACACCUGGAAGAGAAUUACCGACAUAUCGCCCACAGUAAUACUGGAAAGGCGAUGAUCUCAAACAAUAGCUCAGUUUACCUGCUCCUUAAUAUCUGGUUUCAGUAACCGCUACAUAGUGCUGGGUUGAGAUUCACUUUUGUUUGCUUUUAAUCCCAAUGAGGGUCCCUCGUUCUCAGUGAUUCUUGGUGUUUCACUCAUUGCUGAAAUAGUCACAGGCCUUGUUUUCUCUUCAUCUUGAUGCCCACUCUUCAUCAGACGUAAUGACAUAGGGCAGUAAAGAAAAUUGUCAUUGCACCGUGGAAUGAAGGGUCUUUCCUGGGCUCUGCACCCAUGCUGGUCAGCAGGCCUGCUGUCAAAGGAAGCCUUGCCUUUCCAGUUGUCCUUAGUAGUGACGCCAGUCUGCAGUCCAGGGUCUCUGCGGCCUCUGUUUUCUUAGAAAUUACUUUAACUCAGGUUUGGUUUUGGUUUUCCUAGUUCCUAGAAGGCCAGUUUGCCAUGAGGUUAGGAAGUAAGUUCUGGCAUUUACAUCCUGCACGUCGCAAGCCUUGGCCCAUCCGCACUGUCCCUGUUGGCCUUGGGUGUUUUCUCUUUCUGCCUCUUGUGGCCUGCAGAGCAAGUUGGAAAGUCUGCAGGGGGACCAGCUUCAGAUGGGGUGCUGCCUGCUGCCUUGGGAACAGGAAACAGGGCAUCUGUCUGUUGGAAAGUUACAUUCAGCUUCGGUGCCCGGAUCUCUUUCUCCCCAAACAUUUCCCAUUAUGUACCUUUCUGAAGCCAGGCCUCUACCAAAUCAGAAUGUACGAUGGUUCUGUGAUCGCUGUUCCCAGGGUGCUUUGGCAGCUGACAUUAGGCACCUCCUGAGGUCAGGGGUCAGUGCUACAACAGCAGCCUGACAUGGGUUAUUCCUCCCACAUGGGGGAGCAGGGACAGAUUCUGAGAAAUGGUUUGCAAAACGUUGGAAACACUUUGUACUUCUCACAUCGUUAAAAUAGACAUGUACCGUUGCUGUUUGAUCAUGCCAGAUCCAAAUUGGCUCCCUUGAAAGCCAAGUUCAUAUACAGCAAAUUACUCAUUGUUCUAACAGUUCCUAAUCGAAGAACACUUGACUAGUAUUUUCCUAAGUUUGGUCUCUCACCUCUGAAAUUUUUAAAUCGAUGAAAAAGUCUGGAUUAAUCAAUUCUCGAUCUCCUACCUACUGUGCCAAGCUGUGCUUGCUUUGCCUGUUUCCUCCUUACCCUGAGUCUGCACCCCUGUACUGAUGGGGAGGAGAGGGGACAUGCUGUCCGGUGUUGUUUUCUGCCUUGCCAGUAGGGGGUGCUGCUGUGCAGGGUAACCGCUUGGUGUACUCCCUUCCUGACCCCCAGGAGAUCACUACCUCUGUCUCAUUCAGGCUUCGGGGGCACUUCCUGAUAAGUCAAAACUGCCAAUUUCAAGUCUGAGAGGUGUUUUUAAAAAUCCUUAUAAACUACACUUUGUACUUUAGAUUUUAAAGCUGGGGAGGCAAUGUGAUAUACUUUGGACCACUUUUUUUAAUUUAUCUAAGCCUUAAUGAACUGUGUACAUACACUUGCAUAUACGCACCCACGCGCUCACACACCAGAGUGUUUGCAGUGUGUCAGAGAAAAUGCUGUAGCAUUAGGACGUGAGCUUGUGUAGUAUUUUCUAGAAAAGGAAAGCUUUCCGUUUGUGUGGUCGUGUGCAGGGAACCCUCUUGUUAGACUUCUCUCCUUCGUUAAAGGUGUUACACCCAAAGCAAUGCAUGUUUAAAACGCUUGUCUUUCCGUCGGUUCGUCUGUGUGCAAGGAGUAACAAUAGGAAUCUAACGACAUUGGCCACAGCCCUCUGCGAACUGCACUCUCCGCCUUGUAUCGAUGCAUCGAAAGCCUUUCGCGUGACCAUAACCCUGUGUCUGCAGAUACCUGUGUUCCUGUAGAAGCCGGUCGGCAGCUCCUACUGAGACUGAUUUCGCCCAGAUUGUCAUGGGUUCCUUCGUGUGAAAGCUAGCAUAAUAACCUUGUUCUUUCUUUACUACAAUGUAUGUAAAAAGUAUAUAUACAUCUGUACGUACAUAUGCUGUCCAAAUAUAUGUGUAUAUAUUUGUAUAGCAUUUUUACACCUUUCUUGAGGAAUCUGGUUUCGAAAGGGAGUGAGAGCUUAGUCCCUUCUGUGUCUUCUCCAAGUUGAACCCUGAGAAUUCCGACCCUCAGAGCCUGAGAGAACCCAGAAGAUGGUGUUAAUAGGCUGUCAUUUCUUAACUCAGCAUCAUUUGUCAAGUGAAACAUGAAAACAACACAGUGACUUUAAGGUGAAAAGAGUUUCAAGCAUUCCAAAUGAAUUCUCAAUGUUUCAUGACUUUUUCUUAUAAACUCACCUCCUAAUACCAAGCCAAGUACUAUUUGAUACAGUGGUUAAAAACCAAACUACUUUGAAUUUUUUUAAAGAUCACCUAUGGACAAUGCUCAUUUUUCUCGAACAGAGUAACUUUAAAAUAUGGUGGAAUUUGAUACACACAGGAAAAGUUUUGUUUGAGAACAAAAUCCUUGUGGCUUUUCUGGAGAGAUCUAAGGAAAAAUUGUGGUUUGUUUUCCUGACAGCAAGAGUCCCGUGAAAAAGUGAAGUCAUUGUAAAGAAGUGAUUCGACUUGUCAAAUAUUUAAUAAAGGAUUAUGGGAGCUGGCGCAUUUCUA